CUCCCCUUCCGGACCUCCCCGCUGAGGGCGGGGCCGCCUCUUCCUGCUUCCGGCUCGGGGCUCGCGCGUCGCUCCCGCUCCCUGCGUCGCCUCGUCUCCUCGGCUCUUCCGUGAGCCCCGCAGCGUUCUCCCCGUGUGCGGGUGCUUUUCUUCCAUGGAAUCUGUGUCGAAAGCGUUGAGUCACCUACCAACAUCCAGCUUCCCUACACUGCUCUUUGGCAGAGGAUGUAUUUGUUGUCUGUAUACCUUGAAGAUGUGGGAGUUUUGUGUUCUGAGCCAUGCAGUUUUGGGGGAAGCAACCAAGCUCAUGAAUUUCGUUUGGCCCUCAUCCAGCUUCAUGUGUCUUCUGUCAAGUCAGAUAACCUGACUCGAGCUGGUGAGCUUGUCAAGAAGGCAGCAAGCCAAGGAGCCAAACUCAUAACUCUUCCUGAGUGCUUUAAUUCUCCCUAUGGCACAAACUUCUUCCCUGAAUAUGCAGAGAAAAUCCCCGGUGAAUCCACAGAAAAGCUUUCUGAUUUAGCCAAGGAAUGCCAAGUUUAUCUCAUUGGAGGCUCCAUUCCCGAAGAAGAUGAUGGAAAAUUUUACAAUACCUGUACAGUAUUUGGUCCUGAUGGAGCUCUCCUGACAAAGCACAGAAAGCUUCACUUGUUUGACAUUGAUGUUCCUGGACGGAUUCGAUUCCAAGAAUCAGAAACGUUGAGUGCUGGUGACAGUCUCUCCAUGUUUGAAACCCCUUACUGCAAAGUGGGCGUGGGGAUUUGCUAUGACAUUCGCUUCGCUGAACUUGCACAAGUCUACUCUCAGAGAGGUUGUCAGCUGCUGGUAUACCCCGGUGCUUUUAAUUUGACCACUGGACCAGCACAUUGGGAGCUGCUACAGCGAGGCCGUGCUGUAGACAACCAAUUGUUUGUGGCCACCGCCUCCCCGGCCAGGGAUGUAGAUGCCCCAUACGUUGCCUGGGGUCAUAGCACCGUGGUGAGUCCUUGGGGAGAAAUCCUGGCCCAAGCUGGCACCGAUGAAACCAUUGUGUAUGCAAACAUAGACCUUAAGAAGUUGGUUGAAGUUCGCCAGCAAAUCCCUGUUCUCAGCCAGAAAAGGGGAGACCUCUAUGCUGUGGAGUGGAAAAAGCCCUGAGGGGCCAGUAUUGCUGAGGAGGGGUUUCCAUGUCUGGAUCUUUGAAUUCUAUCUGAAUCUCCCUAUGUUUUUUUAAAAAUUUCAACCUUUUUCACAGUGAAGGGUAAAGAAACUAAUGAUAGACCAACACAUUGAGUUUCUACUGAACAUUUUUAUUAUUAGCCAUUGGCUUUUGUAAUGGAAGGAAAACCAAUAACAAGUGAGAAUAGAAAAGAUCUUGCCAUGCAGACAUGGACCAGUCAAAAUAGCAGAAUGAAGUGUUAGAUCCUGGUUAGGUGCAAAAUUCACAUAAAACCAAGGUGCUUAUGGGCACCAAGAUGACCACUCCAUUUUAUGGAGUUGGAAGUUGUUAAACCAGAAAAUGGCUUUGUUAUAUUGUGUUUCCCCAGAAGUGCCUAAGAUUUCAGACUGGCCAAUGUGUGAAAUUGUUUUGCUUGAUUAUACCUGUAUGUUAAAAGGGACAGCUCCUAUUUAUCCUGUGGCUGUGGGGGCUGGAUGUUGAAUUACUGCCUAAUGAUAGAGAUGGGGAAAAAAAAGGAAGAGCAUCAAUAAUACAUUAAAAACAGACAAAAAAAUAAGUUCAAUAAUACAUUAAAAACAGACAAAAAAUAAGUUCAGAGGGAGAUAGGGGCAGUUUUGUGGUGUUAAAUUUAGUAAGUUCUUUUUUCGAACAAACUACAAAAGUUUCGUUUGUGUUAAGUACAUAAUAAAAAUUAUUUAAAAGAU